CCGGACACGGGAGGGACUACACCAGGAUGGACGAGAAGGUUUUCCAGUUUCUUAAUGCAUUUAUUUCCAAGAGGAAUCCUCAGCAAAUAAACUGGACUAUCCUCUACAGAAAGAAGCACAAAAAGGGACAGUGGGAAGAAAUUCAAAAGAAAAGAACCCGCCAAGCAGUCAAAUUCCAGAUAGCCAUUACUGGUGCAUCUCUUGCUGACAUCAUGGCCAAGAAGAAUCAGAAACCUGAAGUUAGAAUGGCUCAACGAGAACAAGCUACCAGGGCUGCUAAGGAAGCACAAAAGGCUAAGCAAGCAUCUAAAGAGACUGCAAUGGCUGCUGCUAAAGCACCUACAAAGGCAGCACCUGAACAAAAGAUUGUGAAGCCUGUGACAAUUUCAGCUCCCUGA